CUUGCGCACGGACUGUGUACCAUUCAUUCCCCUUGUUUUGCUUCCUGGUGUGGCCUUGGUUAAAAAACGCUUGCGGUAACAAGUGAUAUAUUGAAUACUGUAUUCAGUUGUGUUUAGUUCAACCAUCCUCUUAACGUCUUUCUCUUCACCUCACCUUACCUCAAUCGAGGAGAGUCAGUGCAUCUGCAUUUACUGCUGCUCUAGUGAUUGAAGAGCUCGAUCCGAAUGUGCGCCCCCUGGCUUUGGCCUUUGCAGCUGCUGCAGGAGGAAGGUCUGAACUCUGCUCUCCCAGUCUGGCUCUGUCAGUUCUUACAGUCCUGGUGGCUUUUGUUGCCACUCAUUAUGCUGCUGGUGGUUGCUGCUUUUAUCGUGGCCUUUGUACUUCUACUGUACAUGGUGUCACCGCUGAUUAGCCCCAAACCUCUCAAAUUAAACGGGGCCCAUGUAGUGGUAACAGGAGGCUCCAGUGGUAUUGGUAAAUGUAUUGCUAUUGAGUGUUACAAGCAAGGUGCUUUUAUAACGCUGGUGGCACGAGAUGAGCGCAAACUGCUACAAGCAAAAAAGGAGAUUGAAAAACAUGCUAUUAAUGAUAAACAGGUAGUAGUACUGUGCAUAUCUGUUGAUGUGUCCAAGGACUAUAGUCAAGUUGAAUAUGUCAUUAAACAAGCUCAAGAAAAACUGGGGCCAGUUGACAUGCUAGUGAACUGUGCUGGGAUAACAGUGGCUGCAAAGUUUGAAGAGGUUGAUGUGGAUUGCUUCAAGAGAUUGAUGGAGGUCAAUUACCUGGGCAGUGUGUAUCCAACAAGGGCAGUGAUUCCUACCAUGAAAGAGAGGAGGAUGGGAAGGAUCAUGUUUGUGUCCUCGCAGGCUGGGCAGCUAGGCUUGUUUGGGUACACUGCUUAUUCACCGUCCAAAUUUGCCGUUCGUGGAUUGGCUGAAUCCCUGCAGAUGGAGAUAAAACCCUAUAAUAUUUACGUAACAGUAGCUUAUCCACCAGACACUGACACCCCUGGGCUUGCAGAAGAGAAUAAAACCAAGCCAUUGGAGACCAAAUUGAUCUCUGAAACAUCUGGCCUUUGCCAACCGGAGCAAGUCGCUAAAGUAAUAGUUAAAGAUGCUGUGCAAGGUAACUUCAACAGUUCAGUGGGUCCGGAUGGCUAUAUGCUUUCCGCACUGACCUGUGGAAUGUCACCUGUCACUUCUAUCACUGAGGGACUUCAACAGAUCAUCACCAUGGGCCUUUUCAGGACGAUUGCUCUGUUUUAUCUGGGAAGCUUUGACAGCAUUGUUCGUCGCUGCAUGAUGCAGAGAGAACAGUUAAAACAAACAGACAAGACUGAAUAAAUAAUCUCUUCCGGAACCUCUGCUGGAGUGGACUUGUCAGAGUGGCAACACCCCCCACCCCCCACCCCUCCAACGCAUUCGGAGACCUGAGAGAGUUACUGAUGAGUACACCUGGGAAGCAAUGGGGGAAGUGCAUUCACUGGCAAGUACUGGUGAUAUGCAAAAUAAAUGCAAAUUUGAAAGGCAUUGCUGUGCAGUAUUAUUUUGAUCCAUACUGGUGCACCUGUUUUGUAUUUUGUGUAUGUUAAUUUUGUUCUGGUUACAGUAUUUUUGUUUUUUGGUCUGGUAUUUUCUUAUAGUUUAGUUGAUGUUGUCUUCUGCUGAAUAGCAGUUCCAAGGUAUAUGCAUUCUAAGAUCUUACAGAACAACUUGAUAUGGGUAUGAAUUGUCAGUGUUAUCCUAAGUAGUGUAUUCUUCUUCUUGUCUAGAUCACAUUGCAUCAUUUACUGUUUGUCAUCACAUACAGGUAACUUUUUAAUAUUCAGAAGCCAAAGCAUCAUCUCAACCUUCCGUGUUCGUCCGAUACAUCAGGAUGUAAACAUUAUCCUCCUGCAACGUUCUGCCCCUAGAAAAUAAUAUAUUUUUUCUAUCCACUAGGGGCAGAAUAGUGCUGUGAGCUCUAUUGAGGCUUCAUAGGUGCUUGAAAAACGCAUAUAAUGAAUUAAAAAAAAUACUAUGAUUCUAAACAGCCAGAAUAUUUUAUGCCAAUACAAGUGUGUGUGUGUAUAUAUAUAAUCACAAUGCUACUCCGUUAUAAUGUGACCUAUAAUAGUGUGGAAUCGGUUCUAACACGUUAAGGUCGUGGCUUCCUUAUCGGAGGCUGUGUGGUCCAGAGGUUAAAGAAAAGGGCUGGUAACCAGGAGGUCCCCGGUUAAAGUCCGGGCUCACUCGAAUCACUGUGACCCUGAGCAAAUCACUUAACCUCCUUGUGCUCCAUCUUUCGGGUGAGAUAUUGUUGUAAGUGACUCUG